AUACUUAGUUGGUACCUUAAGUACAGAGGAAGGCAGAGACAUAAAAGCAACAAUUUCAGGAAAAGAAUAGGUCCUUUUCCCAAUGCCAAAGCUUAGAACCAAAGUUUUUAUGCCUUUUCCUAUCAUGGGUCCAUAAAUAGAUAACACAUAGUUUCUAUAGUGCUGCUAUAUACACUAAAAUGGCAUUUUCUGGCCAACUUCUCCAGCAUAGUGUAUGGUCUAAAGCGGAGUUUACGCAUACCCUGAGCAUCCCUCCAUUGAAAGCUAACCAUGAAUCAGUUACGAAAGUAUCACAACGAAGACUUAAAAUACGGGGCAUCAAGAGCAAAUAUAACUGUUUGGUCACAUUUUCAAUGUUAAAUCCUGAGAAUGGCACGAGUAUGAAUGCAUGUUCUCCAUCCGACACAAUCAAGAAGUUCUACUCUAGCAUCAACAGCAAGGACAUGAACCAACUAGCACUGCUCAUAGAUAAAGAUUGUUUUUUUGAUGAUUUCUCCUACACUAAACCAUUCCAAGGGAGAAAGGAGGCUCUAAAAUUUCUGGGGCAACUAACCACAUGCAUGGGGAAGAACACAAAGUUCUACAUAGAGAACAUUUAUGAGGGAGUUGAUCUCACAACUGUGGUAAACUGGCAUUUAGAGUGGAACAAGAAACAGGUUCCUUUCACUAGAGGUUGCAGCUGCUACGAGUUAUCAAGAGAAGGAGAUCAAGAACUAGUCAUAAAGAAAGCUCAAGUAAUCCUUGAAUCGCCAAUCAAACCAGGAAGCUUCGCUUUGGAAGUGUUCCAGAAGGUCAUUUCAGUAUGUGAUGCUUUCCCUGAGGCUGCUGAAUGGUUGUUUCUGAUGAGUCCCCUUCUGUUACCAAGUAUCUACAAUAUAGCUCUCCACACGAGCAUACGUCCAAUUCUUUCCUGCUACCACAAGUUAUGGAGCUUCAUAGUUGCAUUUCUGACACUUAUCUACACGAUAUUACUGUUCAUUAUAAAGAAAUUCCAAGAGUAGAACAUGUUCACAGCUUGACACUCAUGACAUUGGACAACAUUCAAGACUUCACUUUUCGUACAUACAUAUAGACGGUAGAAGACAAGACAAGACAAGACUCCACA